ACUCCAUCUUCAAUCAUGGCGCUCGCGAUACGACAGUUGUAUCGUCUUGCGUCAAGACAAGCAAAGCAGCUUCUUUUGUCGAGGGUCAAAGCUGUUGGGACUGUACAUGACUAUACUCGACAUUUGUCACUACAUGAAUAUCAAAGUAUACAACUUCUUGACGAUGCAGGUGUGCUGACACCAAAAGGGGGGGUUGCGGAGACACCACAACAAGCUUAUGAGAUUGCAGAUACAAUUGGAGCUGAAGAUCUUGUCCUCAAGGCACAAGUUCUUGCCGGUGGUAGAGGAAAAGGCACGUUUGAAGGAGGGCUCCAUGGUGGUGUCAGAAUUGUGUUCAGCCCAGAGGAAUGCAAAGAAUUUGCGUCAAGAAUGCUUGGAAAAAAACUUUUCACCAAGCAAACUGGAGAAAAGGGAAGAAUCUGUAAUAAGGUUUUGAUUUGUGAACGACUUUAUUCAAGAAGAGAAUAUUACUUUGCGAUAACCAUGGAAAGAUCUUUCAUGGGACCAGUUUUGGUUGGAAGUCAUCAAGGUGGGGUCGAUAUCGAGAAGGUUGCUGCAGAACAUCCUGAAGCAAUAUUUAAGGAGCCUGUUGACAUCUUUAAAGGCCUUAGUCUGGAACAAGCUUCGAAAUUUGCACGAACAAUGGGCUUCUCUGAGAGUUGCGUGCCUGCUGCAGCCGAUGCAAUGAUGAAACUUUACCAAAUCUUCAUCGAUAAAGACGCUUUGUUGAUCGAAAUAAAUCCUAUGGCUGAGGAUUCUCUUGGCAGGGUUGUUUGUAUGGAUGCAAAACUUAACUUCGACGACAACGCCAGCUUUCGUCAAGACGAUGUUUUCCAAAAACGAGACUGGACCCAAGAGGAUGAGCGAGAAGUGGAAGCGGCUUCCUUUAAUCUCAACUACAUUGGCCUCGAUGGAAGUAUUGGAUGCCUAGUAAACGGUGCUGGGCUUGCAAUGGCCACUAUGGAUAUCAUCAAACUACACGGUGCCGAACCUGCUAAUUUUCUUGAUGUCGGUGGGGGCGCAACUGCCAAGCAAGUUUCAGAAGCUUUCAAGCUAAUCACUGCUGACUCGAAGGUGCACGCCAUUCUCGUGAACAUAUUUGGUGGAAUCAUGCGAUGUGAUGUCAUUGCUGAAGGAAUCGUAGCUGCCGCUAAUCAACUUGAGCUUAAUAUUCCUAUUGUAGUCAGACUUCAAGGAACGCGUGUAGAGGAUGCAAAAGCAAUCUUCACAACCAGCGAUCUUCGUAUUUUGGCCGUUGAUAAUUUGGAAGAAGCUGCUAAAAUGGCUGCGCGUUUGUCAAACAUCGUGGAGUUGGCGAAACAAGUUUCGGUUGAUGUGAAAUUUGAACUCCCUAUAUAAACAAACGUUUUAUUUCAUUAUUGUAAAUGUGACCAUAAUUUCGGAAAUAUUUUGUUUGUAAAAUACUUCUCUUUUCACGGAA